AAUUCUCAAUCCACAUCUCCAUCUACCCAAGCACAGUUGACUAUGAAGACUUACUAUUGAAGAAGUUAAGGCUUUUAACUUAAACUUUUUAAUGGGCAUUUCCUCCUCAACUUCAAUUUCUGUUGUUCACUUCAGCACAUGAAAAAUGAGAAGAAACAUGUCAAAAGUAGCAUGCUUCACUCUCUUUCUUUUUGUAGUAGCACUUCAUGUUGAAUGCCGUUCUCUUCGCACAAGUGUUUCUAAUGAGUUGGUUUCUGAUGGGGUUGAUGAUGUUCAACCUCGAGACUCUUAUCUACGACUCAAAGACCAAAAGGUUGAAUCUUCUGGUGGGACAUACUGUAAGCAAAUGUAUGGUUUCUUGCCAUGUUCCAACAACAUUGUUGGUCAUCUCUUCCUCAUUUUGGUUUAUGAGUACUUGUUGUUCCAUGGAGAAUCAUAUUUGGCUGCUGGGGGUGAACAAAUCUUCAAGAUUCUUGGUCCAGGUGUUUUUGGUGCUAGUGCCUUUGAUAUUCUUGGUGCUCUUCCAGAGUCCUUAAUUCUUGUUGUUACUGGACUUUCCAGUGACAAGGAGCGUGCACAAGAGUAUGCUUCCACUGGAGUUGGAUUGUUGGCUGGAUCUUCUAUUUUGCUUCUGACAGUAGUGUGGGGAACGUGUGUUAUCGUUGGCAAGCAAAAGUUGAAAAAUGAGUCUCACUCUGAUGGCUCAAAUUCAUCAAGUGGACCAAUAAGAGAAUCAUUGACUGGUUAUGGUAUUACAAUGGAUGUAGAAACUAGAAAGAUGGCAAGAAUCAUGGUUUUCUCAGUUAUACCACUCAUCAUAAUGCAGAUUCCCAAUUUAUUCCGUCUCUCCACUACGCCAAGUGAUGUGACCUUGAUGAUUGCUCUAACUGUUGCUGUUGCCUUUCUCAUCUCAUACUUCAUUUACCAGAUCUUCAAACCUCAGAUAGAGAAAACAAGACUAGAAUACAUAAAACAUCAUGAUUUAAUAUUAAGAAUUUUUCAACGUGUUGAGAAGCAAACUCUACAAAAGAUCCUGACCGAGGAUGGGACUCCCGAUGUAAAUGCCAUAAGUGUGCUAUAUCACGAAAUUAGUCAACGUGGGGGACAGGAUUUAUUAGUUACUGAAGUAAAAGAGUUGCUGCUUGGGAACAAAUUAACUGAUGCAAAUAUCAAAGAGGAACAAAUAGCAGACUUGUUAAAAGUUUUUGACCGAAAUGGUGACCAAAUUAUAACCAAGGAAGAGUUUGUAACUGGCUUAACAGAAUACAUUAACCAAACAAAGCAUGCUGUAGAUAGACAGUACCUCCCUAAAGAAUCUCUUAACAAAAUGUAUCAGACUUUUAUCAAGCCAUGGAUUGAACAUGUGAGAAAAGAACGUGAAUUGAAGGGGCAUCUUAUAUCUGAAGUCUUAAGGCAUGCUCAGAAUGAUAUGGUUGGCAGGCUGCGCAAAGAUGAUGGCGCACCUGAUAUAGCUGCUAUCAAAAGGUUGUUUGAGGAAUUUGAUAUCAAUCAGGACCACCACAUUUCAAGAUCUGAACUAGGAAAAAUAGUCAAGGGCAUCCAGUUUGGUAAGGUUGUAGAUGCAGAAGAGGCAGUUUCAAAACUAAUUCAAGAUCUUGAUCACAACAGAGACAAUGAAAUUAGUGAGAAUGAGUUUGUUGAAGGUCUUACAAAAUGGAUAAACUCAAAUCCCAAUCAAGCUUCCAACUCAAAAUCUUCAUCUCAUCAAAUUCAUCGAACCUGGGAAGAUGUUGAAAAGGUAAUGGAAGAGAAUCAUACCAAAGGAGCAUGUGCAUGGUUGACGGCUAUAGCAUAUGUGGUGUUGGGAGUUACUAUACUGUCUCUUCUUGCAGAGCCACUAAUAGCGAGUGUCCAAAAAUUCUCAGAAGAUGCAGGAAUGUCACCAUUUUUCAUCUCAUUCAUUUUAGUCCCCUUGGCUACAAAUUUUAGAGAAGCAACCUCAGCAAUCAAAGAAGCUAGCCAUAAGAAAAGCAGUAAUACUUCUCAGACUAUGUAUGAGAUUUAUGGAGCAGUGUUCAUGAACAACAUUCUUGGCUUUGUGGUGAUUUCCAUUCUUAUAUACAUGCGAGAUAUCACUUGGGAAUUCUCAGCUGAUGUACUAGUUGUGGCAAUUGUUUGUGCUGUUAUGGGCCUCACAGCUACUUUUUGGCACACUUUUCCUCUUUGGACAUCCUUCCCUGCAUAUCUCAUGUACCUAUUAUCAUUGCUUUUGCUUUUUGUUCUUAAAGAAGUUUUAUUUUAUGUUUAGUGACACAGAAACUGGGAAUGUGGAUUAUAUUAUGGGGUCGUUCAUGUUUAGUGAAUUCUAAUGGUGUAGUUGAUGCCUUGAUCAAAGGUGAAUUCAGGUAUACACCUAAUGAAAGGAAAUUUCAUGAGUAUUAAACACUAUUAGACCCAUUUGCUCGAGCUAUUCAAGCAUGCCUUGUAUAAUGUUGGUCAAAAUAGUGAAUCAUCAAUUACAUAAAUCUAUCGCCAUAUAUUUGUGAGUU